CGUCGCUUUGGCUAGAGGGUCCAUUCAGUUUUACAGGAAAACGAAGCGGAAUUCUCCUCAUCUUUAAGCCUGCUGGAGUCAUUUAAAUCCAUCUAAAAGUGUCACUGAAACGAGUCCUGAAUCAAAUAUGGCGUUGCCGACAUGGGAGAGAAAAGUGCGCAUAUUUCUCUGCGUUUUCGGUUUGUUUUUAUCUGUUUACGCGCUUCACGUCGAGCUGUCCCGGGAGAGCAACCCAGAUUACAGGGCGAUGUGCGACCUGGGGGAGUCUGUGAGCUGUUCCAAGGUUUUUACCUCCAGAUGGGGACGUGGUUUUGGCUUGGUCCAGUUCGUUGUUGCCAAAGAUAGCCCUCUGAACCAGCCCAACAGCGUACUUGGCAUCAUAUUUUACACUCUGCAGAUGGGCCUUGGACUGUCUCUGUCCAAAAAAGCAGCAAUGUUCUUGGUCUUCUCCUCCUGGGUGUCAGUGGCCGGCUCAAUCUAUCUUGCAUGUAUUCUUGCCUUUGUGCUGGGAGAUUUCUGCAUGGUCUGCGUGUCAACAUAUGUCAUCAACUUUGCGUUGCUCUUCACCAACCUGAGACGAAGGGGAGCAAUCGAAGGAAUGAAGGAAAAGGCUGGAUAGAAAGUGUUACUUGCAAAAUUCAACACCUUUUUUUUUCUGGGGCUGAGCUGAGGUCACACUGGAUCUGAAAAGCAAAUUCUCUCCCACAGUAUUUUUGCACUGUUUACACCUGUUGAGACUUUUCAGAGAAACAGGACUGGAGAUGCAUCUCGGAAGAUCUAUAAGAUGAUUUCAAGAACAAGCUUUCUAAAGCAGCAGUUCUUUUUCUACAUCAGUGUGCAUUUGUGAUGCUGAUUACACACUUUUAAACACUACCUCUUGUUUCAUGUGAUUUAGGUCCAGCUUAUCCUAACAUUGGAUAUACAUUGGUCUACAGUCAAUUAUGAGGUCCUGAAGAAAUACAAACAUGCAGUUACUCAGUCUAACCAGGAGAUAGAGCCAAAUGCACAUGGUUAUCACAGUGACUGUGGCUACAGGUGAAGUUUAUAGUUGCGUUUCAAGAACAUAAAUAAAGUACAAAAGCCUA